CUUUUGUGUUGAUGUAAACAUGCACUGAUGCAGGCCUGACUUUUCAUGGAUUUGAAAUUGACAGUACUUAGGUUUAAAGCCAGAAGAAGAUGGAACUUGAUGAAAGGUUUGCAGACAGAGUGGCUGAUUUGUGUUACAUGAAAUACCAGUCUCUACCAAAGAAAGGGAAGCCCCAGAAGAACAAGGAGUGGACUUUACUGUCCUGUGUAUGCUUGACACGAAAUGCUGAAGAGAUAAGAGUUGUUUCCCUUGGCACAGGAACAAAGUGCAUAGGAAAGAGUAAGCUAAGUGCUGAUGGAGACAUGGUCAACGACAGCCACGCAGAAGUUAUUGCAAGGAGAGCUUUUUUAAGGUAUCUUUAUUCUGAGCUUAAAGAGGCACAUAGUGGAAGAAAGAGCGAGAUAUUCACUUCAGCAGAUUCAACCCACAACAAGUGUCAACUCAAGCCAGGGGUCAAGUUUCAUCUCUUCUCCAGUCACACCCCUUGUGGCGAUGCUUCCAUUUUCCCUAAAGAUGCAAUAUCUGGAGAAGAAGAACUAGAUUGGGAUUCCUUUUCUUGGCAAUAUGGUAGAAAGAGAAAAUCAGAUACAAAGAGUGAUAUAGAACCCAAAUGUUUAAAAGUAGAAGAGAGUAUAACAAGUUCAGAUUACAAUUCUCCAAAUUCUGACUUACUAGAUUUACAAGAUUUGCAUUCAAAUUGUCCAAAACAAAGUGAACAAUGCGUAUCAGACCUUGUGCUCUUUCCAAAAGAGACUGACACUGAGAAGGUUACAGAAAGUGACUCGAAUAACCUAAAAACUGAUGGAGAAGGGAAAUAUUCAGAGUCCUCUAAUCAACUUACAAAUGCUGCAUGUCUUAUUUGCAAUAAACACAGCAAAGACGAUGAACAUUUACAAGUUACAAAAUGUACCAAAGAAAAUGUCCCUUUCACGGAAACGAAGGGUCAAAAACCACAUUCGGAUAUUUUUAGAACAGGAGCAAAACCUGUUGCUGGGGGUGGGGAAGAUCCCCUUGGAGAAGGGGCAGGGUACCACUCAGUGGGGCUGUUUAGAAUCAAGCCUGGAAGAGGAGAGAGAACUUUGUCUAUGAGCUGUAGUGACAAAAUGGCAAGAUGGAAUGUUCUAGGAUGUCAAGGGUCAUUACUCUGUCACUUCCUGCAAGCACCAAUGUAUUUUUCUUCCAUUAUCAUUGGCAGAUGUCCAUUCAGUCAGGAGGCCAUGACAAGAGCUGUGAUCACGAGGUCAUCAGGGGUCAAAGAUCUUCCAGAUGGUUUCCAUAUCACACAUCCUGCCAUUCUCCAGUCCAAUAAGACAUUCGUUGACGGAAAGGCCAGUGUAGAGAAAAACACAACUGGAAGAGUUGUUCCCUCCUCAGCAUCAAUAAUAUGGUUCAAUUCCAUGGAAACACCUGAAGUGAUCAAUGAAGGGAAACCCCAAGGGCUCACAAAGAAAGAUUACUUAAAGAACCCAGAAAAGGCCAGGAGUAAAAUAUGCAGCAGAGAAAUAUUUCACUGUUUUAUGGACCUUAUGAAGUUUGUACAGAUUGAAAAUUUUCCUCAUCUAAAAUCUAGUGAUGUCACACACAACUCUAGUUACUUUGACUGGAAGAUGACCUCGAAAGAUUAUCAGCAGUCCUGGCAGAUACUAGGGGCCCACUACGGCUCUUGGAGCCAGAAACCAAGAGAUCUACUGAAAUUCACUUGCGAUGUGAAAUUCAAAUAAAAUAUUUAUUAA